AUGGUCUUUAUACUUUCAUGUGGAUCCAACGUUUACUCCCAAUGUUGCCAAAAAGGAUCAUCUGACAAAAUAACAACCUUGAGUCCCAUUACAGUAAUACCGGAGGGAGUAUCUCUCACCAGUGUAAAGAAAAUUGCUUGUGGAAGAGAACACACCAUGUUAUUACUUCGGGAUGGAAGGUUAUUCGGCAUUGGACAUAAUCAACAUGGUCAAAUCCAGGGGAAAACAGAGUCCCAUUAUUCGGAAUUUGUCAAAAUUGAUACUACUUCUUUUCUUAAGCCGGGAGAUUGUAUUGUGGACGUAUUUUGCACACAAAUCAAUACCUAUGUCAUGACUGAAUAUGGGCACAUUUAUUGGUCUGGAUGGGAAAAUGUUCAUGCUGAGAAAAAAUAUCUCAAAGUGCAUCAUGAUGAAAGUGAUAUGAUCACAAGGAUAGAUUAUUUUGUGACCAAUUCAAACGCAGUUCAUUGUUUUGUCAGCGCACAUGGCAAGCUAAAAAGCUGUGGGUGGAAUUCACACGGGCAACUUUCGAUUGGAACAAAGGUAGAUUCUUAUGGAACACUUCGAGAAGUGGAUUUUGAUGUCAAAAAAAUUAAAUGCAUUGCUUUGGGAGCUCAAUUUUCAAUAUUGGCAACCACUGAUGGCAUUCUCUAUGGUUGUGGAUCGAAUGGAGAUUUCCAGCUUUCUUCUGGGUACUCAACAUCAGAUGUAUUCUCUGUCAUUGAUACCCCAUUCAAGGGUAAACAAAUUAGGAAUAUUGUUUGUGGAGGUUUCCACACGCUUGUGCAGCUUGAAAAUGAAGAAAUUUGGGGAUGUGGAAAAAAUAUUUCUUCAGACAUGUUUGUAAAACUUGAUAUCAAUGAACCAGUCCGAGCGAUUGGUGCUGGUUGGCAAUUUUUCAUUUGCCUUGGAAAGAGUAUGAAAUUGUAUGUCUGUGGAGCUAACAGCUAUGGCCAAUUGGGCACCACAAAUUGCGACGAACAGCAUCACAUUACUCGCCUUCCUCCAAACAUUCACAUUUCUUCGUAUUCAAAGAUAAUUUUUGAUUGUGGAGAAUAUUAUACUUUUUGCUAUGCAGUUUCUGAUUCCAUCACCAACCAUUUCAUUUUCAUGACUUCAAUUCUGAGGCGAACAAAUGGAAUGAUAAAUCGAGAGAGCCACUACCCCAAUGAUAACCUGUUUUUGUCAGAUGUUAAUAUUUUGUCCAGUGACACUUCUCUCCAAUAA